AUGAAAAACCAAGUCGAACAAUCAUUCAAAGAAGCCAUGCUAUCUAAAGAACUGGAAGACAUAAAGUUGAAAAUCAAAGAAAGCGAUCAAAAGAUAAAACAAUUAAGGAACAGCAACUCCAAAAUCAAAGAGUACAUCUAUCAACUUCAAUUAGAGAACGAGGAAUACUUGACAUACUCGAGCAAUAAAGAGCCAGGCAAUGGUAAAACUAACAAUGGUGGCCCUGGUAAAAUGAUGAUUCUUUCGUCUGGAGAUCAUUACAAAAAUGAAGUGGGCUUGCUUAAGAAAGAAAAUGACCUCAUUAUGGAAAAACAUUCGCAGGAUUUAUCAUGCUUACAAAAUCUACUGACUGAAAAAGACAAAGAGUGCAAAAAGAUUUCAAGACAGCUAGAAAGCUUGGAUAACGUUAAAGCUCUCAAGAAAGAAUUAUCAACGAAAUGUGAGCAGUUGGAGCAGGAUUUGAAACUGUUGAAAGUAUCAAACGCCGAGGAAAUAGAUAGCUUGAAAGUUAAGUUAGCGAUGGAUAGCAAGGAGCUGAAAGAAACAUGUUCUACAACUAUAAAUGGUGUCUCGAAACAUAUCGACCAAAGGCGCUACUCCUGCACUGAUCGGAUUCAAAUUCCAACAGAUCCCAACCUACGUCUAAGCACAUUCAACGUACGAGUGAUGGGAUGGACUGAUGGGUUGUACAUUUGCAUGCACUGUCGUUGGUACCCCUGA